GAUGCGAGGCGUGAGGCCGGAGUUUAGCAUCAAAGAGGUGGUGAGCUCGGUUGAUCCUUGGUCGCCCCAUGAGAGUAACGAGGAGCUCUUCCCAAGCUCGCGCAGCCAUCUCCUCUCAUAGAGAAGCUAUGGCGACAGCCGCGAUUGGAAUGCCGGCGAUCAAAGCACCCAAGAUGGUUUCUUUCGCGGGAGCUGAGCAUCACAGGGCUGGAUUGUCAACCCAAUUGCGAUCCACUGCUAUGAUCUCGAGAAGGGCAAAGAGCGUGAGGAGCAGCUUCAUUCUUUGUGGCUCAGUCUUUAAGCAUGCUACCAAUCUUUUUGACUGCCUGAAGUUAUGGUUCAUGUGUACAUUAAAGAUUCUCGCUACUGAUCAUGGCAUUCGCUGCUCAAGCACCGAUAUCGACGUCUCAGCUCCUCCGAAGGAUCAAGAUCAAACCCUCACAGAACAACCGGUUGCCUCUUCCUCUGGAGCUGAACUAUUCAAAGAUCAAAAAGAAGGAGAGAGUUCCGUGUCUGCAGCUACGACGAGCUUGUCAAUCAUCGUUUUAGGUGCCACGGGUGAUCUCGCCAAGAACAAAAUCUUUCCAGCCUUGUUUGCACUUUACUACACCGGUUACCUUCCAGAGAAAAUCGCGAUCUUUGGCUAUUCCAGAAGUGAGCUCCAAGAUGAAGACCUCCGGAGGCUCAUCAUGGGAAACUUAACGUGCAGGCUGGAUCACAGAGAAGGAUGUGAAGAAAAGAUGGAGAGCUUUCUAAAAAAUGUAUACUAUGAGCACGGCGGAUACGAUACAUGCGAUGGUAUGGUGAUUCUGGACAAGCGCUUGAAGAAACUAGAGGGAAGUUGUUGUGCAAAUCGGAUUUUCUACCUGUCGGUUCCUCACGAAGUAGUCGUUGAAGUUGCGCAGUGUGUUGGCACCAAUGCUCAAAGCAGGAGUGGCCACACGAGGAUUAUAAUCGAGAAGCCAUUUGGCAACGACGUGCACACCUCGAAGAAGAUGACCGAGGGAUUGCUUUCAAAGUUCACCGAAGACCAGAUAUACAGAAUCGAUCAUCUACUUGGCAGAGAUCUCAUUGAAAACUUGACAGUCUUGCGGUUUUCAAAUCUAAUCUUCGAGCCUCUGUGGAACCGCACAUACAUACGAAACAUUCAAAUAUUGUUUGCCGAGGACUGGGGAGUGGAAGGCAGAGGAAGGUAUUUUGACGAGCAGGGAAUAAUACGUGACAUUGUCCAGAGCCAUUUGUUCCAGACGAUUGGUCUCCUUGCAAUGGAGCCCCCAGUAAGCCUGGAAGGAGAAGAUAUUCGCAACGAAAAGGUGAAAGUGCUGCGAUCAAUGCGCAAGCCAGCUCUGGACGACGUUGUUCUUGGUCAGUACAAGGAAAGCGUGUCAAAGGGUGGCAGCUCCAGAGUUCCGGGAUACUUGAGCGAGCAAGACGUUCCAGCCGACAGCCUCACUCCCACAUUUAUAGCGUCAGUUUUGUACAUCGACAACGGGCGCUGGGAUGGUGUUCCGUUCCUCAUCAAAGCCGGUCACGGCCUCAUCAAGCACAAGCAAGAGAUUCGUAUUCAAUUCCGAGGCGUCCCUGGGAACUUGUACCGCGAUAAGUUUGGUUUCAACAUCGACCUGGCCACCAACGAGCUGGUGCUCAGAGUUCAUCCGGACGAGGCCAUCAAUCUCAAGAUCAACAACAAAGUUCCAGGCCUGGGAUUGCAGCUGGACUCCUCGGAGCUCAAUCUUCUCUACAGGGACAAAUACAACACGGAGAUCCCAGACUCGUACGAGCGAUUGAUCUUGGACGUGAUUGACGGCGACAGCCACUUGUUCAUACGGAGCGACGAGCUCGCACAGACCUGGGAGAUCAUCUCGCCGCUGCUGGAAGAGAUCGAAACACACAAAGUGGCCCCCGAGCUCUACACGUUUGGCGGAAGAGGCCCAGUCGGUGCUUACUACUUGGGCGCUAAGCACGGGGUUAAAUGGGCGGACGAUUAAGCUAAACUGUGGGACGGAAUGUUCCACUGUAAAGGAGCAUAUUCCGGCAAAUAAAAACUUGGGAUCACAUUUGUA